UAAACAUUCCCCCUUGUAUGUAGACCUGAGGGAUGGAUUCCCCCAUUCCUUAUCCCUGCCUAUGGUAGUGCUGAGGGUCAUGGAGGAUUGGUUUUCCACAUGGCACUCCUCAAUGAAGACCUUACUGGUCUGGCUAAGAGCAGCCUGUUUCCCCUGGGCUCUUUCAUCCCCAUCUGGGCAGCAGUGGAUCAGAAGGACCAUCAGCCCUUGCUGCUGCUCUUGGAGGAGUGUGUGGCGGCCACAACACCAGAACUGCAGUCUGCGAGCCUGGUGUACCCCAUCAUCACCAACAAGGGUUGCCUUGCAGAUGGGAAGACUGGGAACUCCAGGUUCCUGCCUACGGGUACCACCCGUCUGCUAUCUGCCUUUACCUGCAGUUACUGUCCAGUUUGCCUAGGCGAGGAAGUGUAUAUUCAUUGUAAGCUUGUGGCAUGGGACCCUGAGGUUUUUGAUAUAGAAAAGAAGGCCUGCCACUACAUUAAAGAGACUGGAGAAUGGGAGCUGCUGGACGACCCGUCUCAAAGUGACCUCUGCAAGUGCUGUGACUCGAGUUGCAAGCCUCGGUUGAAGAGGGGUGUGGAUUCAGAACCCCAGGGCCUGGUUCAAAACUCUGUUCUUGGACCGCUCACAAUAGUGGAAAACUCUGAAACCCGGAUCCCCAGUGAAUUUGUAAAAUAUCCUACUGUAGAACAAGUUGACUGGUUGGUGUAAUGGUCUGGAACACUUUGCUUGUCAGGGAUGGCUGUCUUUUCUGUCUCUACAGCCAUCUAAUUGUAGGUGGCCUGAAGGGUGCAUCACUUUCCACUAUCCCCAGUAUGGAUAUGAAGUCCUUUGACUUGAGCAUGUUUCAAUAAAAUGAGUACUUUACAAUG